AUGGCUGCGCUGAGACAGCAUGGGCAGGCCGAGGCCGUUGGGGAUGGUGCGAGGCCCGAGGCAGCUGAGAGGACCGACCACAAUGCCACAGGCGCUGCCGCCGAGUCGCAGACAGCCUGCCAGGCCGAGGCAGGUGGCGCCCCGGUGCUGGACCCCAGCCAGGCCAAGGCGGUGUUGCAUGCCCUCCAGAACCGCGUCGCGGUCAUCCAGGGGCCGCCCGGGACGGGGAAGACGUUCGUGGGUCAGUGCAUAGUGGAGCUGCUGGCGCCGAGCAACCGCAUCCUGAUCCUCACCUACAAAAAUCAUGCCCUCGACGAGUUCCUGAGGCCGUGCGUGGAGCGCCACCCGCUGGAAGUCGCGCGCAUCGGGGGCGGCGCGGACCCGCAGCUGGAGGCCAGGCAGCUGCGGACGCUGAGGUCGCAGCUGUACGGCAAAGACGCGCCCGAAGCAGUCGCCGGCAGUGAAUGGGGAAGCCUGCGGUCGCGGCAGAAUUUUGUGCGGGAGAAGUUGCGCGUUUCCCGGCAGGAGGUCUAG